AUGGGGGUUGUAGAAGCAUUAUCUUUGGGUGAAAUUGAAUCGGGAACUGGUUUAAAUCAAGAACGUGGCUUAUGUAGACCUUGUGAUACUCGUUGGGGAUCUCACUUUAAAACCAUUUUGAAUGUGCUUGAUUUAUAUCCUUCAAUACUUUUGUCACUUGAUUCCAUUGCAGAAGUAUCUGAUACACUUGAUUCGAAUAAAGCACAAUCUAUUACACACUUGUUGAUGUCAUUUGAUUUUGUGUUUGUGGCACACUUGAUAGUUGAUAUAUUUGGCAUUACAAAUGCGUUUAAUGUGGCAUUGCAAAAACAUGAUCAAGAUAUUGUAAAUGCAAUGGUCAUGGUUGAUGUAACCAAGACUAGUUUGCAAAAGUUGAGAGAUGAAGGAUGGGAUUCACAUAUGGAAAAAGUCACUUCUUUUAUGGCUAAAUAUGACAUUGAGGUUCCAAACAUGGAGGGGCGAUAUGUGGUUCCUGGGAGAAGAAUGUAUAGAGGUAAAGGUCCACAUGUGACUAAUCUUCAUCAUUUUAGAGUUGAAGUUUUUCUAAGUGUCAUUGAUCUUCAAUUACAAGAACUUGAAAAUCGAUUUUCCGAGGUAAGUAAGUAA